CUCUGCCGCCCGCCCCUCGCCGUGAGGAGGAGGUGGAGGAGGAGGCGGCUCGGGGAGAACGAGCAGCGAGCCGGAGCGCGGAGCGCCAGUGAGGGAGCCCAGCCGUCCGCCGCCGCCUCCCCUCCGCGAGCAGGAGCCCCGGCCGGGGCCCGGCACGCCGCCCCCGCCCCUCCCUCGUCGUCAGGCCGCGAGGGCAGCGCGAGCGAGCGAGGGGGAGGGCGAGCGAGCGAGCGCCGGGAGGAGGCGGCCGGACCGAGCGGGCGCCCGCGCGUGUGGCGUGAGGGGAAGCCGCCUGCCCGCCCCCUUCGCCUUCCCUUCUCUCCCCCUCCCCGCUCCCCCCCCGACCGCGGAGCAGCACCAUGUCGGCGCCGGCGGCCAAAGUCAGUAAAAAGGAGCUCAACUCCAACCACGACGGGGCCGACGAGACCUCAGAAAAAGAACAACAAGAAGCAAUUGAACAUAUUGAUGAAGUACAAAAUGAAAUAGACAGACUUAAUGAACAAGCCAGUGAGGAGAUAUUGAAAGUAGAACAGAAAUAUAACAAACUCCGCCAACCAUUUUUUCAGAAGAGGUCAGAAUUGAUCGCCAAAAUCCCAAAUUUUUGGGUAACAACAUUUGUCAACCAUCCACAAGUGUCUGCACUGCUUGGGGAAGAAGAUGAAGAGGCGCUGCAUUAUUUGACCAGAGUUGAAGUGACAGAAUUUGAAGAUAUCAAAUCAGGUUACAGAAUAGAUUUUUAUUUUGAUGAAAAUCCUUACUUCGAAAAUAAAGUUCUCUCCAAAGAAUUUCAUCUGAAUGAGAGUGGUGAUCCAUCUUCAAAGUCCACUGAAAUCAAAUGGAAAUCUGGAAAGGAUUUGACGAAACGUUCAAGUCAAACGCAGAAUAAAGCCAGCAGGAAGAGGCAGCAUGAAGAACCAGAGAGCUUCUUUACCUGGUUUACUGACCAUUCUGAUGCAGGUGCAGAUGAAUUAGGAGAGGUCAUCAAAGAUGAUAUUUGGCCAAAUCCAUUGCAGUACUACUUGGUUCCUGAUAUGGAUGAUGAAGAAGGGGAAGGAGAAGAAGAUGAUGAUGAUGAUGAAGAAGAAGAAGGAUUGGAAGAUAUUGAUGAAGAAGGGGAUGAGGAUGAAGGUGAAGAGGAUGAAGAUGAUGAUGAAGGGGAGGAAGGAGAGGAGGAUGAAGGAGAAGAUGACUAAUUGAACACUGAUGGAUUCCAACCUUUUUUUUUUCCUUUGUUUGUUGUUGUUUUCUUUCUUUCCUUUUUUUUUUUUUUUUUUUUCUUUUAAUUCGGUCCCUGGGAGCAAGUUGCAGUCUUUUUUUUUUUUUUUUUUUUUUUUUUCCUUCCUUUCUUCCCCCCCCUUUGUGCUCAGUCACCCUGUUCUUGAGGUCUCUUUUCUCAAACCAUGGUUCUCAACUUAUUUUGGGGGGAAAUACCUUGAGCAGAGUAUAAUGGGAAAAGAAUCUACACCCUUCUGUUCUGAAUUCAUUUUUAUCCCUUCCUGUCUCAAAACAAAAAACUGUAUGGAAUCAACACCACCGUGCUCUGUGGGAAAAAAGAAAAACCUUCUGCUCCCUUCACUCUGCUGGAAGCUGGAGGGUGCUAGGCCCCUGUGUAGUAGUGCAUAGAAUUCUAGCUUUUUUCCUCCUUUCUCUGUAUAUUGGGCUCAGAGAUUACACUGUGUCUCUAUGUGAAUAUGGACAGUUAGCAAUUACCAACAUGUAUCUGUCUACUUUUUCUUGUUUAAAAAAAGAAAAAAAAACUUCAAAAAUGGGGUUAUAGAAGGUCAGCAAAGGGUGGGUUUGAGAUGUUUGGGUGGGUUAAGUGGGCAUUUUGACAACAUGGCUUCUCCUUUGGCAUGUUUAAUUGUGAUGUUUAACGGACAUCCUUGCAGUUUAAGAUGACACUUUUAAAAUAAAAUUCUCUCCUAAUGAUGACUUGAGCCCUGCCACUCGAUGGGAGAAUCAGCAGAACCUGUAGGAUCUUAUUUGGAAUUGACAUUCUCUAUUGUAAUUUUGUUUGUUUAUUUUUAAAUUUUCUUUUUUGUUUUCACUGGAAAGGAAAGAUGAUGCUCAGUUUUAAACGUUAAAAGUGUACAAGUUGCUUUGUUACAAUAAAACUAAAUGUGUACACAAAGGA